UGUGUGAAUCAUCUCUUUUCUUUCUCUCUCUCUCUCUCUAUAUAUAUAUAUAUAUACUUCCCAUCUGUCCUUCUCUACUUUUUGGAUUUGAAUCAGCCAACAAACACACUUAUACACAAUCAUAUCAAAAAAAGGAUGUGAUUGUGUUUGCAAUUAUAUAAAAGCUUCUGAGGUCUGAGUUAAAUUUGUUAAUUCUAAUGUGAUAUUGGGGUUGAGGUCAAAGAAGUGAGAGGUGGAGUAUUUUUCGAGAUUUAGGUAUAUAUUGAUUAUUUAUGUAUCUGAGUAAUGAGUUCUAAAGGAAAGCCGUUGUUUGAUCUUAAUGAACCGGCUACCGAGGAUGAUGAAGAGACUGAUGAUGUUGUCCUCUUCUUCCAACCUCAAAGGGCAAUUCCGUCAACUACACAUACUUCGGAUUUAUUUAUUAAGACAACUAAUAGUCCCCGUAGAAUAAUAAACAACAAUGCGUUUUCUCAUGCAUCUUCUGUUUCAGGGUUUCAGCCUUUUGUUAGACCCAAAGUAGUACAAGCGACUGAAAAUAUAGUACACGCGUCUGAAAAUGUAGUAAAUACGUCUGACAAUGUAGUGCAAGCAUCUGAAAAUGUAGUACACUCAUCUGCAAAUUUAGGGCAAGCGUCUGAAAAUGUAGUACACAUGUCUGAAAAUGUAGUACCGGCGGCUGAAAUUGAAGAACGAAAGAGGCCAAUUGAUGUCGGAUCAGUUGCUGAUAAAGAAGAAGGUGAGUGGUCUGAUGCCGAGGGCAGUAGUCCACCUGAAAAGUUGACUCCUUCUCAUGAUGAUAAGUCAGAGGUGAAACCAAUGGCGGUUUUUAUAGAUCAAAGGGAUUCUGAUGUGGCGGUUAAUACCUCUUCAAUUGUUGAUGUGAAGGAUGAACAUAGUAAUCAUGUAUCUUCAGGACUUAAUGGCGAUUCAAUUGAUAGGAAAAGUAGUGAUAGUCAAGAAGAUUCUCUGGUGGCACCAAAACAAAAGGAUGUCAAAGGGGUUGAAGCAAUUCAUGCUUUGAAGAUUGCAAAUAACGCGGCUAAACGUCCUAAAAUUGACCAUCAAAAAGAAGCAAUGUUGGGGAAAAAACGUAGCAGGCAAACCAUGUUUCUUAAUUUGGAAGAUGUUAAACAAGCAGGAACCAUUAAAACUUCAACUCCUAGAAGGCAGAACUUUCCACCACCUGUCACAACCCGUAUUGUGAAAGAUAAACAGAUUCAGACACCUAUAAUAAAAGACGAAAAUGGCAGUGUUGUGGAGUCCAGUGAUGCUAAGUCUGAAUUUAACAAUGGUGACAUGAAUUCUGGAAUUUUAGGGCAUCCGAAGAGGUCAAAUAGUAGUAUGGAACUUAGUGCGGAGGAUAAGUUAAUUUCUAAUCAGAGGCAGAGUGUAAUGAAGCUGACAAAGAAUGCACAAGUUCCGGGUAGAAAGACUGUUCCGUUAGUUAGUCAGACUUCUGUUGACCCGAAAGCAGGAGUUAAAAAACUUCCUUCCAAGAAGCCCUUGACCGUCACGAAUCAAUAUCAGGAUACAUCGGUGGAACGGCUAAUUCGUGAGGUGACGAACGAGAAGUUCUGGCAGCAUCCAGAGGAGGCAGAGCUUCAGUGUGUUCCUGGAAGCUUUGAAUCAGUCGAAGAAUACGUUAAAGUAUUUGAGCCCUUGCUUUUUGAGGAAUGUCGGGCACAGCUCUACAGUACAUGGGAGGAAUUAACUGAAACACCGUCUAGAGAUUUGCAUGCAAUGGUUCGUAUCAAAAGUGUUGAGAGACGCGAAAGAGGUUGGUAUGAUGUAAUACUUUUACCUACAAAUGAAUGCAGAUGGAACUUUAAAGAAGGCGACGUGGCAGUUCUCUCCACCCCUAGACCGGGAACAGUCAUAUCGAAGAGAAGCAGCAGCUCAACUACUGGGGAGGUAACUGAGGUUAGCGGACGGGUGGCAGGCACUGUGAGGCGACACAUACCAAUAGAUACUCGAGAUCCUACCGGGGCGAUUCUUCACUUUUAUGUUGGGGAUUCAUAUGAUUCAAACAGCAUGAUCGAUGAUGAUCAUAUUCUAAGAAAAUUACACCCGAAAGGGAUAUGGUUUUUAACUGUUCUUGGUGCUCUUGCUACAACUCAAAGAGAAUAUGUUGCACUGCAUGCAUUUCGUAGACUCAAUUCACAGAUGCAAACCGCAAUUCUUCAACCGAGCCCAGAGUUAUUCCCCAAAUAUGAAGAACAGGCGCCUACAAUGCCCGAUUGUUUUACAACGAACUUUGUUGAACAUUUACACCGGACCUUCAAUGGUCCACAAUUGUCGGCAAUUCACUGGGCUGCAACCCAUACUGCAGCUGGUACGACAAAUGGGUCAACCAAGAGGCAAGAACCAUGGCCCUUUACUCUGGUCCAAGGUCCACCUGGAACUGGAAAGACUCAUACAGUGUGGGGAAUGCUGAAUGUUAUACAUCUUGUCCAAUAUCAGCAUUAUUAUACUGCUUUGCUUAAAAAACUAGCACCCGAAAGUUACAAGCAAGCAACAGAGAGUCUAUCUUCUGAUAAUGUCUCAAAUGGGUCAAUUGAUGAAGUUCUCCAAAGCAUGGAUCAGAACCUAUUUCGUACCCUUCACAAACUCUGCCCAAAACCAAGAAUGUUAGUUUGUGCACCUUCAAAUGCUGCAACCGAUGAGCUGCUUACACGUGUUCUUGAUCGUGGCUUCAUUGAUGGUGAGAUGAAAGUUUACCGGCCUGAUGUGGCUCGAGUUGGAGUUGAUUCACAAACACGGGCCGCUCAGGCGGUGUCAGUUGAGCGCAGGACUGAGCAACUUUUGGUGAAAAGUCGAGAUGAAGUUUACGGGUGGAUGCACCAGUUAAGAGGCCGUGAAGCUCAAUUGUCUCAACAAAUAGCUUCACUUCAAAGAGAACUCAGUGCUGCUGCUUUCACGGGGCGGUCCCAAGGUUCAGUGGGCGUGGACCCGGAUGUUCUUGUGGCCCGUGAUCAGAGUCGAGACUUGUUGUUACAAAAUCUAGCGGCUGUGGUUGAGAACCGGGAUAAAGUUCUAGUUGAAAUGUCUCGUCUUUUUAUAUUAGAAGGACGGUUUCGUAGUGGAGGGAACUUCAAUUUAGAGGAAGCGCGUGCUAGUCUGGAAGCAAGUUUUGCUAAUGAAGCCGAGGUUGUCUUCACUACGGUUUCAAGUAGUGGCCGGAAGCUUUUCUCACGGCUAACCCAUGGGUUUGACAUGGUGGUCAUUGAUGAAGCUGCUCAAGCCAGUGAAGUAGGAGUGCUGCCUCCUCUUGCUCUUGGUGCAGCUCGAUGUGUUCUUGUGGGGGAUCCACAACAACUUCCUGCAACUGUUAUAAGUAAAGCUGCUGGAACUUUGCUAUACAGUAGAAGUCUUUUUGAGAGAUUUCAACAAGCAGGCUGCCCUACAAUGUUGCUUUCCGUUCAAUACCGAAUGCACCCUCAAAUUAGAGAAUUUCCAUCCCGAUACUUUUACCAAGGUCGCCUGACUGAUAGUGAAAGUAUUGCUAAUUUACCUGAUGAAUUAUAUUACAAGGAUCCAAUGUUAAAGCCUUAUAUAUUUUAUGAUAUUACCCAUGGCCGUGAGUCGCAUCGGGGUGGGUCAGUUUCCUAUCAGAACAUACACGAAGCACAGUUUUGUCUUCGGUUAUAUCAACAUCUUCAAAAAAGUGCAAAGUCUUUAGGCAUAGCUAAAGUGUCGGUGGGCAUAAUUACCCCUUAUAAGCUGCAAUUGAAAUGUAUUCAGCGGGAGUUUGAUGAAGUUUUGAAGUCUGAAGAAGGAAAGGAUCUUUAUAUUAAUACCGUUGAUGCAUUCCAAGGGCAAGAACGUGAUGUUAUUAUUAUGUCAUGUGUGCGUGCUUCGAAUCAUGGUGUGGGUUUUGUUGCUGAUAUUCGUCGAAUGAAUGUUGCUCUCACACGUGCAAAAAGGGCACUUUGGGUUAUGGGGAAUGCAAGUACUCUGAUUCAGUCAGAUGAUUGGGCUGCACUAAUUGCUGAUGCAAAGACCAGGGAAUGUUACAUGGAUAUGGACUUGAUUCCUAAAGAUUUUAUGGGACAAAAGGUGCCACCUUUAUCAUACAGUCCACCACAGGCUAGGUUUUCUAACAUGAGGAGUUUGAAGAGACCUAGUUCAAGACACAGAUCAUAUGACCACAUGGAUUCCAGGCCAGGCACACCAUCAGAAGAUGAUGAGAAAACAUACUCAUCUUUUGCUCCAAGGAAUGGUAAUUACCGCCCUUUUAAGACACCCAUGGAAGGAUCCCUCGAUGAUUUUGAUCAGUCAGGUGACCGUUCAAGAGAGGCAUGGCAACAUGGUAUUCAAAAGAGACCAAAUUCAACCCCGGUUGCAGGUAAACGAGACUCAUGAUCCAAAUUUAUUGGAUGUCAAGGUUUUUAUUGCGGGUUCACGAUUAUUGACCUAAAUCGGACCCUGGGCAUGACCCAAAAUAAUGGAGCUGCUUAAAAGUUCUUGAAUAUGCCAGAAUUACCUACUCAUGAUGAAGACAGGAAUUUAAAUGUGGAUGAUUAUUCAUGAUGAAGAAACGGUUUCAAAUGUGGAUGAUUAGCUCUAAACUAACUGUUGAUCACCAAAAGGUGCAUUCGGGCCGUGCAAUUCGACCCUUAUCCUCUACCAGUGUAUGCAGGUGAACAGUCUGCCUUUAUUCCAUGGCAUAAAUUGCAUGAUCAUGUGGGACGCCACGGAUUUCUGAGGAUUGGCUCCUGAAACAUUCAUGGGCCCUCAGGUUUUGCAUUCGUUUGAUGAAAUUCAACUUAUGGCUGCUGAAAUGGGGGUAAAAAGAUACGAUUAUACAAGUAUAAUUAGGAUAUGUUAUGGGAAUGGAUUCAUAUGGUUCUAUGUUGAAGACUUGAACAAUCAUGGCAUAUGGUGUCAUGAUUAUAUUUUAUUUUUUGUAUAGAAAUGGUGGUGUUAAUUAAGGGAAAGAACUUGCUAAUUUGUAAACUUUGGGGGUGAUAUUAGUCUUUGUGUCUGUACAUACUUUUACUUCGACAAUAAUAUUUAUUAAUUUUUAUCUUUUGUAUCUA